ACACAUUCACAGAGACAUCGCACUCAGUGUUGGGGUUUACAUUUUCCGUAUAAAUACGUAUUUUAUACGCAGGCAGUACGUACGUUGUGAGUGGUGGAGAUGGCGGGGGGUUACAGGGCGGACGACGACUACGACUACCUCUUCAAGCUGGUGCUGAUCGGCGACUCCGGUGUCGGGAAGUCGAACUUACUGUCGAGAUUUGCUCGGAACGAGUUCAGCUUGGAGUCAAAGUCCACGAUUGGGGUUGAAUUCGCCACGCGGAGCAUUCGCGUCGAUGAUAAGGUGGUCAAGGCUCAGAUUUGGGAUACGGCUGGCCAGGAGAGAUACCGGGCAAUCACAAGUGCAUACUACCGAGGGGCCGUCGGGGCUCUGCUCGUCUAUGACGUGACUCGACACGUAACAUUCGAGAACGUGGAGCGGUGGUUGAAGGAGCUCCGGGACCACACGGACCAGAACAUCGUAAUCAUGCUCGUAGGCAACAAGGCGGAUCUGCGCCACCUGCGGGCAGUGUCGACGGAGGACGGCAAGGCCUUUGCGGAGAAGGAAAACACGUAUUUCAUGGAGACAUCGGCGCUGGAGUCGCUGAACGUGGAGAACGCUUUCACGGAAGUCCUCUCCCAAAUAUACCAUGUGGUUAGCCGUAAAGCUCUGGACAUCGGAGACGACCCUGCGGCCUUGCCGGAAGGGCAGACCAUCAACGUCAACAAGGAUGACGUCUCCGCCAUGAAAAAGGUCGGGUGCUGCUCUGUAUAAAAAUCCCGGGUUUUCCGGCGGCGGCGGCGGUGUUUCUUUGGUGGAAGACUUUCUCCUCGUCAUCAUCAUCGGAUGCUCAGACUGAAACUCGCAGAGAGUGAGUUUUUGAGGGGUAGAAAUGGUGAGUUUUCUUUCUUUAUUUGAUUCAAAGUUCUUCAUAUUAUUAUAGUUAGUAUUAGAUAUUGUCUUUGUUACAUUUGUUAUUUGGGCUGAUUUGGGGUUUUGUGCUGCUGUACUAUGUUUAUUUUCAUGUCUUUGUUAUGCAUUUUGGACCAUUUUUGCACAAUGUUGGUUACUAACACUUUAUAGUAUUAGUAGUGAUGGAAUGGAAUUAUUCAAGCGGGUAUUAUUUGCUACUAAAUUA